GCUACCCUGUGCAGCAGGCGUGUCGCUGAUCGCUGAUCGCCCUUCGCUCUUCCCCUCAUCUCUCUUGCACUCCCCGCUUGACCUCAGCAUCCAGCCGCCCUGCAGCACGACGCCUGAUCAAGCUAGGCCAGCAGCCAUGGCGGAGGCGCUGGCGGCCAAGGUGCAGGCAGCCGAGGAGGCCGCCGCAACCAGCUCGGGGGCAGCCGUGGAGUCGCUGCGUGAGGUGGUAGUGGGCCCGCAUCCCAACGAUGCCGAGUGCCUGAAGGUCAAGGAGGCGGCGUUGCAGAAGCUGACCGACCUGCUGGUCAAGCAGGGGUCCGCACCUGCGCUGCGCAACCUCCUGACCCAGCUGCGCCCGCUCUUUGCGGCCAUCCCCAAAGCCAAGACUGCAAAGAUUGUGCGCACCAUCGUCGACAGCAUUGCCAAAGUGCCAAACAGCAACGAGUUGCUGCUGGAGGUGUGCAAGGAGCAGGUGGAAUGGGCCAGCUCGGAGAAGCGCACCUUUCUGCGGCAGCGCAUUGAGAUCCGCCUUGCCAUGCUUCAGAUGGAGGCCAAGGACUACCCCGCCGCUCUGCACCUCAUCGGCAAGUUGCUGACGGAGGUGAAGCGGCUGGACGACAAGCUGCUGCUUGUGGACAUACAUCUGCUGGAGUCCAAGGUGCAUCAUGCGUUGAAGAACCUGCCCAAGAGCCGUGCAGCGCUGACGGCGGCACGCACGGCGGCCAAUGCCAUCUACAUCCCGCCCUCGCUGCAGGCAGACAUUGACACCCAGAGUGGCACACUGCACGCAGAGGAGAAAGACUACAAAACUGCCUACAGCUACUUCUUCGAGGCCUUUGAGCAACUGAGUGCUCUGGAUGACUCACGGGCUGUGGCAGUCCUCAAGUACAUGCUGCUGUGCAAGAUCAUGACGGGCGAUGUGUCUGACGUCCCCGCCAUCAUCAGUAGCAAGGGUGGGCUCAAAUAUGCUGGGGCAGACGUUGAUGCGAUGCGGGCCGUGGCCAAGGCCUACCAGGACCGCUCCCUGCAGGAAUUCCAGGCCACGUUACAGUCCUACAGCGGCCAGCUGAGCGACGACCCGAUUGUGCACACUCACCUCAGUGCGCUGUACGACACGCUGCUGGAGCAGAACCUGAUCAGGCUGAUUGAGCCCUUCUCGCGCGUUGAGAUUGCGCACAUCGCCAGCCUUAUCAAGCUACCGGUGGCCACGGUAGAGGGCAAGCUGUCGCAGAUGAUCCUGGACAAGAAGUUCGCAGGCACGCUGGACCAGGGCGUGGGCACGCUGGAGGUGUUUGAGGAGGCGGCACCCGACCCCAUCUACCCCGGCACCCUGGAAACGUUUGACAACCUAACCUGCGUGGUCGAGUCUUUGGCAGGACGGACAGCCAAGAUCACGGCUGCGGCAUGAUGAAGCACCUUGGUGCCACAUGGUAUCCCGUCCGCACGGGCAGCAGGGAAGAAUGUUAUAGAAGCUUGCCACCCUGUGGCCCUGUGAGUGCUAUCAAGCGUGGUGAAAAGGCCAGGCCAGCAAUUUAGGUCCGAAUGCCGAUUACACAGGAAGCGUGAAAUGAAUAAAGUUGGUUUGUCGCACACCGUGCGGUACCACAGGAACAAAGUACAGCUUGCAAAAACAAAACUGAUCAGGCAGCCGCAGCCGCUGCCCAGGGCCUGCAAACCAAGCCUGGCUUGUGUAUAGGCUGCUGCCUGCCGCCGUCAGUGCCACUGCCUUCCAGGCUUCCACCCGCUUUGCAAGGCAGGUUUGGUGGCUGCACUUCCUACUUGGCCUGGAAGUCCUUGAGUAGCACCACGAUGGCACUCAUGUUGUCGCACCCCUUGCCACACCCGCCGGUGUCCGGAGCCAAGCAGCGGUCGCACAUCUCCUCGCAAACCUCGCGCGGUGCCUUGCCAGCAGCCAGCCGCUCCCGUACAAAGUCCACUGCCUCCUGGUUGGUCAGCACGUCCCAAAUGCCGUCGCAAGCCAGGAUGAGGAACUCGUCGCCGGGCUGCAGCGUCUGGCGCCGGAUCUCGGGCAUCGCGGUCACCAUCUGCUCCUCCGGCCCCAGCUCCUUCGUCUGCUUGUACUCCAGAUCCCCCAGUGCACGGGACAAGUUCAGGCUGCCGUUGACACGGCCGUCAGCCACGAACCCUCCCGCCUUCAUGAUGCGUGCAUACUCCUCCUCGUCCAUGGGCUUGUGGUCCUGGGUCAUCUCCACGGCGGUGCCGCCGCGGCAC